GGGGCGCGCAGGGGGCUCACCGGACCCGCCCUCCCGCACGCGCGUUCCCGCCAGCCGGCGCGCGCUGGGACGACCCACGCAGGGCGCCCCAGCCGGCUCCUCGCCGCUCUCCCCACUUCCUCCCGCUAACCCAUAAAAGCCGGGGAGCGCUGGCGGCGGCGCGGCCCGGCCACUGGGCAUGCUCAGAGCUCCUCCCGGCAGCUCUCCCCCGCGCAGCGCAGAGCAGCGCUCGGCACCCCAGUCCGGGCUGGGCGGUCCCCGGCACACCGCAGCCCCCGCGCCGGGACCCCCAACUUCGCGCCAACUUGCAAGCCGCCCUCCGCGGGGGAAAGCCAUGCCAAUGAUGACCAGGGACGUACUGCUGGACAUGGAGGAGGAGGACGACGACGAUGGGGACAUCGGUGAAGUUCCUGCCUCCAAAAGGCCUUUACUGACUCCUCUCACUUCGCACACAUCCAGUCUGGAGUUGGAAAACCUUGAGCAGACAGCUGCCUCCAGUUUCAGCGCACUGGAAAAUCAGCAGGAUAUAUACACUCCAGAAUUUGAAGAAUUUAAUGGAAAAUGUGACUCCCUCUUUUUUAAUGAUGGCCAAAGAAGAAUUGACUUUGUGCUAGUGUAUGAAGAUGAAAGCAGGAGAGAGACCAAUAAAAAGGGUAUAAACGAAAAACAAAGGAAAAAAAGGAGAGCAUAUGAAUCUAACCUCAUUUGUGAUGGCCUGGAGCUGGAAGCAACGAGAUCAGUUAUGGAUGACAAGCUGGUCUUUGUCAAAAUCCAUGCCCCGUGGGAAGUGCUGUGUACAUACGCAGAGAUAAUGCACAUCAAGCUGCCGCUGAAGCCCAACGACCUAAAAACCCGAGACUUUGCCUUCACUCACUUCAACUGGUUCACCAGAUUCCUCCAAGUAAAGGAAAGUAUCAUCAAGCCCGAGCAAGAGUUUUUCACUGCCCCGUUCGAGAAGAACCGGAUGAAUGAUUUUUAUAUUCAAGACAGAGACACCUUCUUCAAUCCAGCCACCAGGAGCCGCAUUGUUUACUUUAUUCUCUCUCGGGUCAAGUAUCAAGUAACAGAUAAAGUCAAGAAGUUUGGAAUCAGCAAGCUCGUCAGCUCCGGUAUCUACAAGGCCGCUUUCCCUCUCCAUGAUUGUAACUUCAACCACCCGUCCGAGGAUCCCAGCUGCCCUAGUGAGCGCUACCUUCUGUACAGAGAAUGGGCACAUCCGAGAAGCAUAUACAAGAAGCAGCCCUUGGAUCUGAUCAGGAAAUAUUAUGGAGAGAAGAUUGGAAUCUAUUUUGCCUGGCUGGGCUACUAUACUAAGAUGCUGCUCCUGGCAGCGGUCGUCGGAGUGGCUUGCUUUCUCUAUGGAUAUCUGAACCAAAAUAACUGCACGUGGAGCAAAGAAGUUUGCAAUCCUGAUAUUGGUGGCAAGAUCAUAAUGUGUCCUCAGUGUGAUAGGCUUUGUCCGUUCUGGCAACUCAAUAUUACUUGCGAGUCCUCAAAGAAAUUGUGCAUCUUUGACAGUUUUGGAACCCUAGUCUUUGCUGUAUUUAUGGGGAUAUGGGUGACCUUGUUUUUGGAGUUUUGGAAGCGGCGCCAGGCAGAACUUGAGUAUGAAUGGGACACUGUGGAAUUACAGCAGGAGGAGCAGCCCCGGCCAGAAUAUGAGGCCCGGUGCACUCAUGUGGUAAUCAACGAGAUCACGCAGGAAGAAGAGCGUGUCCCCUUUACUACCUGGGGGAAAUGUAUACGUAUCACCCUCUGUGCCAGUGCUGUCUUUUUCUGGAUCCUCCUGAUCAUCGCCUCAGUUAUUGGAAUCAUUGUCUACAGACUCUCAGUGUUCAUCGUCUUUUCCGCCAACCUGCCCAAGACCUUUAAUGCAACAGACCCGAUUCAGAAGUAUCUGACGCCACAGACAGCCACGUCCAUCACUGCAUCCAUCAUCAGCUUCAUCAUCAUCAUGAUUCUGAGCACUAUCUACGAGAAAGUGGCAGUUAUGAUCACUAACUUCGAACUCCCAAGGACCCAGACUGAUUAUGAGAACAGUCUAACCAUGAAGAUGUUCUUAUUCCAAUUUGUCAACUACUAUUCUUCGUGUUUCUACAUUGCAUUCUUUAAGGGCAAAUUUGUAGGUUAUCCCGGAGACCCUGUCUAUUGGCUGGGAAAGUACAGAAAUGAAGAGUGUGACCCGGGUGGCUGCCUCCUUGAACUGACAACACAACUGAUAAUAAUCAUGGGAGGAAAAGCGAUCUGGAAUAACAUCCAGGAGGUGUUACUUCCCUGGGUUAUGAAUCUAAUUGGACGGUGCCGCACAGUUUCAGGGACAGAAAAGACCACUCCCAGAUGGGAACAGGACUACCAUCUCCAGCCGAUGGGCCGCCUGGGGUUAUUUUAUGAAUACCUCGAAAUGAUUAUUCAGUUUGGGUUCGUCACCUUAUUUGUGGCCUCUUUCCCACUGGCCCCUCUGUUGGCUCUGGUGAACAAUAUAUUGGAAAUAAGAGUGGACGCGUGGAAAAUGACUACACAAUAUAGACGCAUGGUACCUGAAAAAGCCCAAGACAUCGGAGCAUGGCAGCCCAUCAUGCAAGGAAUAGCUAUUCUGGCUGUGGUGACCAAUGCCAUGAUCAUUGCUUUCACGUCUGACAUGAUCCCCCGCCUGGUAUAUUACUGGUCCUUCUCUGUCCCUCCCUACGGAGACCACACUGACUUCACCAUGGAGGGCUACAUCAACAACACACUCUCCUACUUCAACAUCGCGGACUUCAAAAACAAAACCAGGGCAGGAAACCCAUACUCUGGGCUUGGCAACUACACCACAUGCAGGCAAGUUCUGUUUACAUGUCUGAAGAUGCACUUUAAAGGGACCGUUAUGAAUGCAUUUUUAUGUAUUAUCAAUUAAAACUGCUAGGAACAUUUUCACCUUUUACCUAAUAGGACAGAAAAAAGUUGAGAGGGGAGCAAGAGAUGAAGGAACCGGCAGUAUUGCUUUACCUUUCGGCAGGGUCUCCAGGGACUUGAACCCUGGUCCUUGUGUAUAUAAUGCAUAUUCAACUGGGUAUGCCACUACUUGGCCCCUUUUAUUUAAUUUUAUUUUUGCCUCCAGGGUUAUCGCUGGGACUCAGAGCCUGCACUACAAACCCACUGCUCCUGGAGGCCAUUUUUUUCCCAUUUUGUUGCCGGAUAGGACAGAGAUAAAUCGAGAGAGGGGGAGAGAAAGACACCUGCAGACUUGCUGCACAUGUGAAGCAAACCCCCUGCAAGUGGGGGCUUGAACCACCAGUCCUCGCGCUUCGCACCAUAUACACUUAACCCAAUGCACUACCACCCACCCACCCACCCCCCCCCUUAGUUUUUUUCUGAGAGAGACCAAAGCAUGGCUGGAGAUUGAACCUGGGAGCUCAGGCAUGAAAGUCUUUUGCGUACGCUCCCCUAGCUUUUAUUUCAACCUACUUUUUAAAAUAUAGAAGUUAGAAUUUUCCAAGCUUUCUUUUCAGAGAUGAACCUUUUUUUUUUCCAGCCAAGAGCCAUUUAGAUAGUUAUAACAUCUUUCACAGGCCAUACAAAAUUAUCAUUUUUAAAAUGAGCAUGUAAUGUUGUUAUGAAAAAAGCUAAAUUUAUUGUAUUUCAAGUACCACCUGUGGUCGCCUUGGCAGUACCAGAUGAUUCCUCUGGUCACAUGUGACCCUAAGCUGAACUUGUCCCACUCCUGACUACAAAAAGACUGGGCCAGGAGGGGAAAGGAAAUAUUAGCAGCAAAGAACCUCUAACGCUUCCUAAAAGUAAGAUCUUGUUACUCAGAUACAACCUGCAGAUAAUGAAUGACAACUCAACACUCACCUAACAAAGGAAUCCAAAGACAAAAAUAUAUAUAUGCAAACUGCCUAAGCUAGCACUAUUCUCAAAAAGCAUUCCUAAACUCUCCCCAUGGAUUUAAGUGGCUGCUAAAAUCAACUCUGAAUCAUAUACUGCAACUAUAUUACUAAUUGACAGUUUGACUAGAGGACACUGAAGCUUUUUGUUUUUGUUCUUGGUUUUGCAAUCUUAAUCCUAAAGGAGGCUUGAAAAUGUAAGCAACUUCUCAGAGCUUCACUGAAUCAACGCCAUAACCAAGGAACCAGAAAUAAGCUCAAAAUAAAUAUUUCCAAGUUACACCUAGUAUAUAGCCUCUUUAGAAUCCCCACGGUUGAGUCAGCUCACUCUUACCUUAUAGAUAAGUCUAAAAAGUAAUUCAGGUCUCCUAAGGCCAGUAGGUUACAGGCAGAAAUUAGCCAUGUGCUUGCUGAGGGACUUAUACUCACAGAAGAAGUGCAAUCUAAAAUAAGGAAAUCAGGGCCAGAGCAUUACAACAGGAGGGAAUGCUCUAUAUAAGACCCAUAGCUGAGUGAUAGCAUCACACAGAGCUAGAUUUGUGAUUCUGGAAGUAUGCAUGUUUACAUACUUUUGAGAAAGCAGUAAUAAACCUGACAGUUUUAAGAUGCAUUUGUUUAUUUUGACAGAAAUGAGCUCCAUCAUUUUCCUAGUGAGCAUUCAACAAAGGGUUACUGGUGUAGCUAUUUCCCCUUUUAAAGGAGCCCGGGUUAAGCCAUCUAGAUUCAAAAAGUAUCACCUAACAGACCUUUAUUUUGUUUCCAGGUAUCGGGACUUCAGGUAUCCUCCUGGACACCCACAAGAGUACAAACACAACAUCUACUACUGGCACGUGAUUGCAGCGAAGUUGGCUUUCAUCAUUGUCAUGGAGCACUUCAUCUACUCUGUGAAGUUUUUCAUUUCAUAUGCUAUCCCAGAUGUCUCGAAAAGCACCAAGAGCAAGAUCAAGAGAGAAAAAUACCUAACCCAGAAGUUUCUUCAUGAGAAUCACCUCAAAGACAUCAAGAAUAUGGGGGCGAUAGUUGCCAAGAUGGGAGACAUAGUAGAUAACAAUGUCCGACCAAAAGUCGAAUGAGAACUUGAGGUUCUGAGAAGCACUUUAAGGAAUUUUGCCAUGUCAGAAUAUAUUAUGAAUCACAGAUAACAAUGUCUAAGUUAAAUCACUUUAUAAACUAUGGGUCGUCAAUGUUGCUAUUUUCAUGCAGAUUUAUUUUUCAGUUUCAGCUUGCAAUGCAGGAACUGGGAAGAAAUGGAAAGCUGAAAUCAAGGACAUAAAAUAAUGUUGCCCUUUUUUAUAUAGAUAUCUGGAAUUUUGGUAACACAGAGAAGAGUCUCUGUGCACCUAAAACCUAUCCCUUCUGAAGAACGGAUUAUUUUUUUCCCCUCCUGUGGUUAUUUUCAUUCCUUUAUUUUUUAGGCUGAACUUCAUUUCUUCUCUUUGUCAGACCAGUUCCAGAGUACCUUAUUCUGCCACUACCAUCAUUAUAGACAUGCUGCUCUUAAGAUGGUAAUAAAUUAUGUGAUUAAAAAUACAUCAGUUCAACUUGAAUGUUGUAUUAAUGGAAAAUGGACUCAAGAAUUUCCAGUACUUAGGGAUAUUACAUCCUUAAAUAAAAGGGAAACUUCAGUAAGACAUUUUGGAUUGGAACAAAGAAAGCAAGAUUCUUAAGCAUUUUUAUACUAACCUACAGUGACACUUAUCUUCCAGGAAUUCUCCUAGAAUGUUUUGUGCCUAAUCAAUGUUGACUUCUUUGCAAACCUCAAGGGGCUGAAAUGAAUGGUAAGGGAAAGCUUCAGAUUCAAAUACAGCUGGAACCCAUAUUGAUCAAGAUUUUCCUUUCUACAGAUGUGUGGUUUCUUGGGGCGAGAAAUGAAUGCAAGUGAUGAAAAUUAUAUUGUUAUCAAUAUAGGUCCGGGGGAAAAAAAUAAACCCAAUGCUUCCCCACCAGUUGCCUUUAUUCUCCAGAUUCAGGAGGUGCAGCAUCACCCAUGAACAACUCACCACACAGCCCCUGGGACAAGACAUUGCUGUGAUGCUGAGCACGGCUAAGGAAACAGCAGGUGCCCUAACUGAGCCACACCGUGUCCCCUGCAUGGGGCGUGCCUUUCAGCCAGAAAUCACUGUAUCCAAAGCAUCUGCCUUAGGAAAUGCAGCUCUUCCUCCUCACCUUCCAUUCUCUUAGGCCCAUUCUGGCAACUUAACCUGUAACCCACGUUUGCGCCAGGAGUGAUAGUGUGCCUAGACUAUUCCCAAUCAAGAAAAAGGUUCUGUGUUUGAUUUGAGCUUCCAGCCUCCUCUGAGGCUAAUCAGGCAAGUAAGAAAAGGAACUGAUUCAGUCGUGAGCCAGAGGCAGCUUCCUGCUGGACUCCUGCAUUGUCUGUUGCCCUUGAUGUGUUCAGCAUAGCGGCCUGGGCUACAAUUAAUGCCUUUGAGGUAUCAGGCCCUCUGCAGGCUCUGAACUAGGCACAAGGCCUGAACCUCUCUCCUCACCGGUGACAUGGAGGUGCCGAGCUCAGGCUGUCACCUGCUGGGAUACUACUAACCUUAGCUCAGCUGCCACAGGACCUUAACCACUCAGAAUCAUAGCAGAGCAGAGGAAUAAGUUGUGUCUGCCAGGAAUGUGUAUCAAUAGUAUUUCCACAGGACUCAUCAGCACAGUAUUCUGGACUUCUUGAUGCUAACUCCUUGGGUAGAGUACUCACCUGGGUUCGAGAGGGAAAUGCGCCUUUCUUCCCUUCAGGAUGCUGUUACUCCACCCAGCCAAGACAAGGGACACUCCUUUUCCCUGCCCACCUGUGGUACCUGCUGUAGGAGACCGAGUGUCGCCUCCUAGCACAUUGUCUUUCCUCUAUAGUGGGAUGACCUGCUGCUGCUGGAGUUGGCAAUUACUCACUGUGAUGGAAGUGUUAAGAAAGGGAGUAUUUCUUGGCCUUAUCUCCUUGUAUGUAAGAUACAAGUUCAAAAGAGCUGUGCUUUUGUGUCUCCAUAAAUUAUUUUUCAUAAAUCAACUUCUUUGUUUAAAAUGUGCUUCUGUGGAUGGGGGCGGUUAGGAGGGGGAAGCCUCUAUGGUUUGUUUAUUUGUUUGUUUUUCUAAGGCAGAAAGAGUGACCUAGGGUUGCCCCUGACACCAACAGUGUUAAUGUAAGUCUAGUGCUGACUUGUUGGGCUGUUUCUGUAGACUAGGUUUGUAAAUGCAGGCAGAGGCAGUGCCCUAGGAAGGGACCAUCUGACCACAGAUCUGCCCAGCCAGUGCUAACCACUGGAGGAAUGUUCAUUUUAUAUCCUUUUGUAAUGCCUGUGAAUUUUGAUAAAUUGAAGCAUUAGACAAAAUACUCAGGGGAUCUGUUUCUUUAUCUAGCCUUCAGAUGAUUUAAAUGUAUCAUUAGAAAAAGGAAAAUUAGCUGGGGAGAUAGCAUAAUGGCUAUGAAAGAUGAUUUCCAUGCCUGUGGCUCUGAGGUCCCAGGUUCAGUCCCUAGAAUGACCAUCAGCCAGAGCUGAGCGAUGCUCUGGUUUGAAAAUAAAGAUUAAAAAGGAAAGCCAUAAAAAGUACAUAUACAUAUAUAUAUAUAUACACACACCCCAACUGAGGCCAUCUUGUAAACUGUCCCCAAAUGUUUAAUUACAUGUGCAUCUUGGAUUUCAGAAAACAUUAAUUUACAUUGGAAGGGGGGAGAGAAUGUUCUGUUGUUGAAACAGACCUUAUACUGUUUUCUCAUAUUCCUAUUAUAGUUUCAGAAAUAUUAAAAUGUAUGAGCAGCUUAGCGAAAGUAGAAUUGAAAUAUUCAUGAUGGCUUUUCCUACAGUGUGGCACAAGAUGUAAAGUUUGUCAUUGUUUUGUGAAUUUCUGUGAAUUUUAAUGUUCUUUUAUAAUUAUCAGCAUUUUAUUAAAUUCCUUUGUAAAAACAG